UCUCUUCUUCUACUUGGGAGAGGACUUUUGUGGACUAGGAUGGGACCGGAGACGGAGCCGUUGUGUGCGGAUCUCCCCCUCACAUCGGUGUAGUGUGGGAGGAAGGAGAGCAGAGUCCCGGGACAGGAAAGGGAGAUUAGCAGACAUAGGAAGACGAGGACUGAGUGCUGUGUGAGUGCCAUGCCCUGGCUGAGUGCUGGAAGGAGGAGAAGACAGCAGCAGUCACAGCAACAGCAUCAGCAGCAGCAGCAGCAGCCACCAGCAUGUCCUCCCCAGUGUGCACUGCCAGGCAUGAGGGAGAGCUCAGAGCUGCCUCUACCUGCUGGCUGGGAAGAGGCCAGGGACUACGAUGGGAGGGUGUUCUACAUCGACCACAACACCAGAAAGACCUCCUGGAUCGACCCAAGGGACAGAAUAACGAAGCCUUUAACGUUUGCGGACUGUGUUGGGAAUGAACUACCUUUAGGAUGGGAAGUUGUUUAUGAUACACAGAUAGGUGUAUACUAUAUGGACCAUAUUAACCAGAUCACACAAAUUGAGGACCCUCGAGAGCAGUGGAGACGAGAACAGGAGCGGAUGUUGAAAGAAUAUUUAGUUGUCGCUCAGGAUGCUCUUAAUGCUAAAAAAGAGAUUUAUCAAAUCAAGCAGCAGCGUUUUGAGUUGGCACAGAAGGAAUACCAGCAGCUACAUGAACUCUGUGAUGAAGACAACCGUUCCCAUGCUAGCUCUUUUUCGGGAUUCUCUACAAACACAAAAUAUGAUCCUUAUCAAAUUAAGGCUGAAAUAGCAAGUCGUCGAGACAGGCUUUCUAGGUUAAAACGAGAGCUAACUCUGAUGAAACAAGAACUUCAGUUCAAGGAAAAGGGAGUGGAAACUCUACAAGAAAUAGAUCGGAAGAUGUCAACUGCCCAUACCAACUAUAAGUUAGACGAGGCUCAAGCAAUAAUGAGUGAACUACGAACAAUACGACAAGCUAUUUGUAUGGGAGAGAAGGAGAGGCGUGAUCUCAUGCAGAGCCUUGCCAAGCUGACCGAUGGUUUCAGAAACAGCUGUUGUAUCACAGAUUCUAUGCAAAACAUCCACAAUUCAAGCUCGCUCAGUGACCCCUGUUUGCCACAGCAAUUCUGUGAUGCCUGCUCACAAACUGAUAACGUUGAAGAGUAUGGCUAUGAUGAUAAAUCAAGACUGGUGGACAGAGUGAGACUUAAUUGGCAGUAUGAGGAGGCCAAGAAGAGGGUUUCCAACAUACAGCACCAACUGGCUCUCCUGGAAAGUGAAGCAUGGCCUGGGAUGGCUGAUGCAGACAGGGACCAUAUACAACUCAUCAAGGAAAAAGAGGCCCUUCUACAAGACCUUCAGCUCAUUAGUCAGCAAAGGCGACCUCCUGAAGAUCUGGCAAAGCUGGAAGAAGAAAAGGGACGUUUGGCUGAUGAGAUCCAGAGGGCCAGGUUCAUCUCCACUCAAGGAGUCACUGAAAGGUUACUUCUACAAGAGAAAAGAAACUGCCUUUUGAAGCAUCUAGAGGAAGCUACUCGAUUGACUUCUUACCUCCACACUCAACUAAAAAGCUUAUCUGCUAGCACCCUUACCAUGUCAUCUGGUAGCAGUCGUGGCUCUUUGGCAUCAAGUCGAGGAUCUUUGGCAUCAAGUCGAGGCUCUCUGAGCUCCAUAAGCUUUACAGACAUUUAUGGCCUUCCACAUUAUGAAAAGCCUGAACUGCUCUCUGAAUUUUCUCAGCCUAUGCGCUUUGAUGUAGUUCCAUUAGAUACUCUUUGCAGAGAUGGUCAAUAUUCUGAAACAUCUGGGCUCCCCAACCUCAGUAAACAGAAAAUGUCAUUGGAUACCCCUCAGUCAUUAGCCUCACUGUCAUCACGAUCGUCAUUGUCUUCAUUGUCCCCCCCAAGUUCCCCACUGGACACUCCUUUCCUGUCUGCUUCUCGUGAUUCUCCGCUUGCCCAAAUGUCAGAAGGUCUGGAGGAAAUAAUGGGGGCUUUGGAAAUUCUAAGAGGGCAUAGUUCCUGUUUGGUGGAUGAAGAGACCCAGGGACAAUCUUCUCACAUUCAAAGCUGUCACUCAGAAAGUAAAAGUCUCAGAGAAAGUGAAGCUCCGUUUCCAAGUCUUCAGAUGGGUGCAGGCAUUACAAUCCAUGAAGACUGUGCAAUAAAACUGGAGAGAACCAAAGGAGUCUCUGCUGGUUUAUCAGAUGACUCUCUUGCAAGUGACAGUGGUGUUUUUGAAGCCUUAAGUAAAAGGAAUGAGAAUGUUGAAGAUUCUGUCUGUAAAGAGCCUGAAAAAAAGGUGGAACCCCAAGUUCAUGUUGGAGUAGUGUAUGAUUGUGGAAGUGAAUGUCUUUUUGUACAUGUUUUGCAACUUAAAAAUUUUAAUGGGCUCGCUCUCAAGCAAGGAUGCAAAAUUCACAUUAGGGUCUACCUGCCCUCCCUUGAAUCCACUACACCAAACACUUACUGUUCAAAAGCUCUGGAGUUUCAGAUGCCACUGAUGUUUAAUGAAAUGUUCCAAAUUCCCAUGCAAGCCAGUGAACUGACUCUGAGCUCCUUACAGCUGUACAUAUGUUCUGUGCUCCCUGACAAGCAGGAGGAGCUACUGGGAAUUUCUCAGAUCAGCUUGGCUGGCUAUGAAGGUGCGAAAGAGAUGCAUCUUCAGUGGUAUCCUGUCGAGAUCUACAGUAGUGCCAAGCCUCAGAAAGCUAGUGGUAAUGGCCGUGGUCUUACUCGAACGUCUGUAAUCACUAACCAAACAAAAACAGAUGCUGUGUCAGUGUUAUUAGCUCGAACGACAGCUCAGCUAGAAGCAGUGGAGCGAGAACUAGAGGUGGAGAAAGUGAAGCUGGAGUACACAGAAGAAGAGAUGCUAGAGAUGGAAUGCAAAGAAGACCAAGUGGAGGCAACCUCAGACAGAAGCUGGCAAGCAGACUCUGUUGAUAGUGGAUGUCACAGUAACAGCACGCCGAUGAGUCCACAUUAUUCAGAAACAAUGUAUAGUGAUGUCCUCCAUGGGCCAGUGUGUGCAGGGCAGGCAACCCUGUAUGAUUCAGUGAAGAUUACCAAUGAGCCUUUGAAGGUAGACAAAGAGACCAAUACUGAAGAUAUGUUUCCAGAUGAGGUCAAUAUUAUGAAAAAAGAGAGGACCUGUCGCCGGUCUCGCGGGUCUCCUUUUGUUCGCAGCAGUACAAUUGUCCGUUCCCAGACAUUUUCUCCAGGUGCAAGAAGUCAGUAUGUUUGCAGACUGUAUCGAAGUGAUAGUGAUAGUUCUACAUUACCGAGAAAAUCACCUUUCAUCCGAAAUACACUGGAAAGGCGGACAUUACGCUAUAAGCAGCAGGCCUGCCCGUCUUCCAUGGCAGAGAUCAUGGCACGGACAUCUCUAGACCUGGAGCUGGAUCUCCAGGCUUCCAGAACAAAGCAACACCAGUUAAAUGAAGAGAUAAACACUCUUAAAGAGCUCAAGCAACGUCUCGAGGAGGCACAACUUAGAGGUCAAAGCGAACUUCCUCAGUGGGUGCUGCGUGAUGAAAGAUUCCGCUGUCUGCUGAUAGAGGCAGAAAGACAAAUGAGACAGACCAAGCUUGAGCUGCACCAAGAACAAGCAGCUGAGAAAAUGCUUAAAAAAGUCUCCAAAGAAGUCUUCCAGCUGCGUGGUCAGAAUCAAAAGGAACCAUUGCAAGUACAAACCUUCAGGGAGAAGAUAGCAUUUUUCACAAGACCAAGGAUCAAUAUACCUCCCCUGCCAGCUGACGAUGUAUGACGUGUUUCAUGCAAACACAGGACGUAUCGAAAACAUUGUUUGUAUUUCCAUGAAGUUAUUAAACUAGUGACGUUUAAUAUUACAAAUGUUUUAAAAGCUAUUCAUUAUUUUGUAAAAAAUAAAAAACACAAUAAAAAUGAAAAACAUAUGCAUUAUAUAAAUAUCUAUAAUUAUAUAUUUUAUAAUAUGACCGCAGCAAGGCUUGGUUUUUCCUUGCUGUAACACUGACAUCUUUGAAGACAAACUAUUUUGUAGAUCAACUACUCUCUUCUGAAAACAAAUGUACAGUUUUGAUGCUUUUAAUGUGACUUUUAAUUAAGAAAAAAGGCUGGAAAUUGGAAUUAAAGCAAGUUCAGGACAGUUCGCUGUAACAGUAAUUUAUUUAUAGGUUCUUAUUUUCCUUGAGGGAAAAUACUUACUUUAAAGAUGUUCUAGAUUGAAUUUAUGCUUCCAAGUGUUUUGUCAUACAGAUGAAUUGGACUGAUGAACUGGCUUUCUUUCUGGUACCUGAAACGAAAAUAUUAUUUGCAAACUGUCACCUUUGGUAGCUCUUUUUAUAUAUUUUUUUUCUUGCUUUUCUUCAUAACAUAUCUCAUAUUCUUUCACAUGAUUUCUGUUCUGUACUGAAAUAUUAUCACUGCAAGAGUUUUAAUACUGAUUAAAAUGGCAUUGCAUUUUCCAGA